AUGGUUGAUAGCCACCAAUCGUGGCAUGACCUGCUACCUUAUGCCUUGCUGGGGUAUCACACGACAGUCAGAACUUUGACUGGGGCUACUCCUUAUAUGUUAGUCUAUGGUAAAGAAGCAGUGAUACCUGCUGAAGUUGAAAUACCAUCUUUAAAAAUCAUCCAAGAAGCAGGAUUAAGUAAUGAAGAAUGGGUCAACGCCCGCAACGAACAACUUAUGAUGAUCCAUGAAAAGAGGUUGAGCGAUGUAUGUCAUGACAAAUUAUAUCAACAACGAAUGAUUUGUUCUUUCAACAAAAGGGUAACAGCUCGCAUGUUUGAAGUUGGGCAAUUGGUGCUCAAACGCAUAUUUCCUCACCAAGAGGAGUAUAAGGGAAAGUUCGCUCCAAAUUGGCCAGGGUUGUAUGUAGUCUACAAAGUGCUGUCUGGAGGAACCUUGAUUCUAUUUGAAAUGGAUGGCCAAAGUUGGACCAAGCCAUUUAAUUCUGAUGCAGGAAAGAGAUACUACAUCUGA